CUCAACGAAUUUCAAACUAUGGGUACAUCGUCGUUCGUUGGUACUAAUCUCAGUUCCAUCAGUACAUUCCAAGAAAACCAAACAACGGAUCUGGCUGAAGUGCAAAAACAAGAAGAGACGAAACGGCCAACUCUAACCCCUGUUGUGCCACAAUAUGUAAAUUCGCCAGAUGAACCUAAAAAACGUGUUAGCCGCACCCCUAUCAUUAUCAUACCCUCGGCUAUGACAUCGCUGUUGACUAUAUUCAAUGCUACCGAUAUUAUUCAGGAUAUGAACUUUGUGACAACUGAGGAGAAGCGAAAAGAGAAGGGAAUGACGCGAAAAUCUCAAAUUUACAUUCAACGGAAAAAGAAUGAUACAACAGAUGAGUUUACUACUGUGAAUGAGUACCAUUUGGAUAACCCAAGCAAAUUUUCUGAUGCUGAAUGGGAUCGGGUUGUUGCCGUAUUUAUAACAGGUCAACUGUGGCAGUUUAAGCCUUUCAAAAGGUGGCACAGUAAUCCUGUGGAAAUUUUUGCAAAAAUCCCCGCUUUUCAUGUUCACUAUGACGACUUGAAUGUGAGUUUCGCAUUCUGUGUGUUAGGUCACGAUGGUUUCUAG